CUAUAGAGUUUGCUUCCUCAUUCCCAUAUGCACUGUUCGGGCGGCAGCCUUGGCAUGCCGGGGUGUCGGUCUGAUUCUUUGUCCUCUUAGUCUAUUUAAGGUAUUUUAAUUGAAUCGGGCGGAGAAAAAAAACCCAAACCACAUACACAAACCCCAAGGCUUCAGGACUUGAUCCCCCUUCCCCCAAACAACAAAUGGUUAAAUAAAUAACGAGAUGCCAAACCAGCCAUCACGAAACGAAUAAGCCAAAAAUCAGCGUCAGCGCAGCAGGAAACGGGAAAGUUUCUGCGCUCUGAAGCUGGCCCCGUGGUACCGCGCGUAAAUGCAAGAAUCCAGGGGGAGGGGAGCGGAGCGCGGCCCCAGCCCGGCGUUGCGGGAGCCGGGGCUGCACUGGCGCGCCCAGCCCUGCAUCCCGGAGCGACAGCCCGAGAGAUGCUGCUGUGACUUGGUUCUGCGCUGGGAAAUGAACGGCUCCGAGCCCCCACCCCCGUCUCCUCCCUCCUCCUCCUCCUUCCCCCUCCCUCGGGUCCUGCGGGGAGGCGGGUUUAAGUUGAUUGCUCACAGGGCCAAGCAACUUCCAAAGAGCUUUAUUCUGCUGUCCUGUUAAUGUGCUGUGUGUCUUCAUGUGCUGAUAGUCUGUAAAAACAGGAUCCAUUAGGAAUUUUUAGCACUUUGAGAUACAGCAAUGAUGGCGCAUAUGCUAUUCAAGUGGAUUCUAAAAGGGCUUAUACUGUCUUUUCUGCUCAAAACUGCUCUGUCCCUAAACCCAGAUGAUCCAAAUGUCUGUAGUCAUUGGGAAAGCUAUGCUGUGACAAUACAGGAAUCUUAUGCUCAUCCUUUUGAUCAGAUCUAUUAUACAAGAUGUACUGACAUACUGAACUGGUUCAAGUGCACUAGACAUAGAAUAAGUUAUAAAACAGCAUAUCGAAGAGGACUGAGAACUAUGUAUCGGCGAAGAUCUCAGUGCUGCCCUGGAUAUUAUGAAAGUGGAGACUACUGUAUACCACUCUGCACAGAGGAGUGUGUGCAUGGAAGAUGUGUUUCUCCUGACACUUGUCAUUGUGAACCAGGGUGGGGAGGUACUGAUUGCUCUAGUGGAAGGGCCACCUCUGAAGGGCCAGGGGAGCACAGCACCACACCGGGAGAGACUAGUGGGAACAGCAACUACAACAGUUGCGAUAGCGAUCACUGGGGACCCCACUGCAGCAACCGCUGCCAGUGUCAGAAUGAGGCUCUCUGCAACCCCAUCACGGGUGCCUGCGUCUGCGCAGAUGGGUACCGAGGAUGGCGCUGUGAAGAGCUCUGUGACCCUGGGAGCUACGGCAAGGGCUGCCAGUUUAAAUGCCAAUGUCACAACGGAGCUACCUGCGACCAUAAAACGGGAGAAUGUCACUGUGCUCCCGGAUACACGGGGGUAUUUUGUGAAGAGCGCUGUCCCCCAGGCAGUCACGGAGCUCAGUGUGAAUUGCGCUGCCCUUGCCAGAAUGGGGGAGUCUGCCACCACAUCACUGGAGAGUGCUCCUGUCCACCUGGAUGGAUGGGGCUGGUGUGUGCACAGCCAUGUCCUCCUGGAACAUUUGGAAUUAACUGCAGCCAGGACUGUCCAUGCCACAAUGGAGGACACUGUGAUCCUGUGACAGGAAAAUGCAUCUGUACAGCUGGCUAUAUAGGAGACAGGUGUCAGGAAGAGUGUCCUAUUGGGACAUAUGGCUUUCAAUGCACACAAAGAUGUGACUGCCAAAAUGGUGCAAAGUGUUAUCAUGUAAAUGGAGCGUGUAUGUGUGACCCUGGAUUUAAAGGGAUUUAUUGCCAAGAAAGAAUGUGUCCAGAAGGGUUUUAUGGCCUCAAAUGCAACAAGAGGUGUCCUUGCAAUAUUACCAACACUCUCAGUUGCCAUCCGUUGUCUGGAGAAUGUAGCUGCAAAGCUGGCUGGGCUGGACUGUACUGCAAUGAAACCUGUCCCCCUGGAUACUACGGCGAAGGCUGCCAGCUGACCUGCCCUUGCCAGAACGGUGCAGAUUGUGACAGCAUCACAGGAAAGUGUAUGUGUGCACCAGGAUAUAUGGGAGAUGACUGCACCAUUACCUGCAUGGCAGGAACCUACGGAACCAAUUGUUCAUCAGUUUGUAAUUGCAAAAAUGAUGGUGCAUGUUCCCCUGUGGAUGGUCUGUGCUAUUGCAAAGAAGGGUGGCAGGGAGUGGAUUGCUCUAUUCCAUGCUCAAGUGGGAGUUGGGGUCUUAAUUGUAACCAGACCUGUUAUUGCACAAACGGAGCAGCCUGCAGGCCGGCUGAUGGCUUUUGCCUCUGCUCACCUGGAUGGCAAGGGGAGUACUGUGACCAGCCAUGUCCUGAUGGAACAUAUGGUCUUAAUUGCAGUGAGCGUUGUGACUGUAGCCACGCAGAUGGGUGUGAUCCUGUCUCCGGUUACUGCUGCUGUCUUGCAGGCUGGACAGGCAUCCACUGUGACAAUGUAUGCACCCAGGGCCGCUGGGGACCAAACUGCUCCAUCUCUUGUAACUGUGAGAACGGGGGAUCCUGCUCCCCGGAGGAUGGCACCUGUGACUGUGCACCAGGAUACAGAGGACCCUUAUGCCAGAGAAUUUGUCCCCCUGGCUUUUAUGGACACCACUGCAGUCAGCCAUGCCCUCAGUGUGUGCACAGCAGCGGGCCUUGUCACCACGUGUCAGGACACUGCGAUUGCUUGCCUGGAUUCUUUGGCACUCUCUGCAACCAAGUCUGUCCCAGUGGAAAAUAUGGGAAGAACUGUGCUGAGGUCUGUCAAUGCACCGAGAACGGGACGUGCAAUCCUAUUGAUGGAUCGUGUCAGUGUUUUCCAGGCUGGAUAGGGAUGGACUGCUCUCAGACUUGUCCCACUGGUUUUUGGGGUCCUGAUUGCUUUCAUUCAUGCAACUGCCACAAUGGAGCAAUGUGCAGCCCUUACGAUGGAGAAUGUAGAUGUACUCAUGGUUGGACGGGGCUCUACUGCACUCAGCGUUGCCCAGCUGCUUUUUAUGGAAAAAACUGUGCCAAUGUUUGUCAGUGUCAGAACGGAGCGGACUGUGACCAUAUCACUGGCCAGUGCACGUGCAGGACUGGAUUUACAGGCAAACAAUGUGAGCAAAAGUGCUCACCAGGAACGUUUGGUUAUGGUUGCAAACAACUAUGUGAAUGCAUGAAUAAUGCUACAUGUGACCAUGUCACAGGUACUUGCUACUGCAGUCCAGGCUUCAAAGGAAUCCGAUGUGAUCAAGCGGCUCUUAUGAUGGAAGAAUUAAACCCCUAUACUAAAAUUAGCCCUGCUCUUGGAUCAGAGAGGCACUCAGUGGGAGCAAUCAUUGGAAUUAUUAUUCUCCUUCUAAUUAUUAUGGUCUUGCUGGCACUGUUUGUGUGGUAUCGACGGAAACAGAAGGAGAAGGGCCAUGACAUGCCAAGUGUAUCUUAUACUCCAGCCAUGAGGAUGACUAAUACAGAUUACUCACUUUCUGAUAUAUCUCAAGGUAGUGGCAGUGUACAUUGUUUUUCCAAUCCAAGCUACCACACUCUCUCAUGUGGUGUGACUUCACGCUUCUUUACCAGUAAUCUGGAUGGAAACAGCUCCAGUAAGCUCAGUAACAAAAUCCUUGACAGAGAAACUGCAGACUGGAGACCCUACAGCUAUCUGAAUGAACUAGGUGCUUGUGGGAUGGAUAGACGUCAGAACACAUACAUAAUGGAAAAAAGCUUCAAAGAUUAUAUGAAAGAAUCUGUGUGCAGCUCCAGCACUUGUUCUCUGAACAGCAGCGAAAACCCAUAUGCCACCAUUAAAGACCCCCCCAUUUUAACAUGCAAACACUCCGAGAGCAGCUACGUGGAAAUGAAAUCGCCUGGUCACAGGGAGUCCCCAUAUUCAGAAAUGCCACCUUCAUCAACAGCCAAUAAAAACAUCUAUGAAGUUGAGCCCACUGUCAGCGUGGUCCAAGACGCCCGUGGUCGGAGUGCCAGUUACCUCCAAAAUCCAUACGACCUGCCUAGGAACAGUCACAUUCCUAGUCACUACGACCUCCUCCCUGUAAGGCACAGCCCGACACAUGGGCCAUCUUGGAACAAGCAGUCUUAAAGGGAUGAACUUCACUGGUGCACUGUGCUGCAAACACAGACUUCGAGGAAGCAAAAGAGAAGACAAUCCUUUUCUGCGCUGCAGGAUGCUGACGGGACUUCAGACUGUCUUACGCAAGGACGUAACGUAACACAACAUCAGCUUGGGCCAACUGCUGCUGCAUGAUGUUAUUUAUAAAGACAUUUUUAUAUGGGUAACAAGAACUAAUGAGAACCUCCUCCACGUGUGACUGGAGUACAUCACCCCAGGAAGGUGUCUACAUGCUCCAGGCAAAAACUCUCCAUGGCAUGUAUUCUAACCCUGGCUUUGCUGUAAAAUAAAACACAAAAACAUGCUAAGUAGAAGGACUCACAGAUGCACAUUUCUACCAACUGCAUCAAGAAACCUUUUACUGUUAGGAACAAGGUGACUAGGAAUACACUGGAAUAUAUUUUACAUCUUUGUCAUGGAAAUAGACAUUUUUCUGAACGAAAGCAGGGAAACUUGUCAUUUCACUGUCUGGAAACCUCAUUUACUGCCAUCACCAUGUGCAACCUGUGCAGAUCAUGCUUGCUAAUUAGCACCGAGAUGUUCAUCUUUAUAUUCAGUACCAGGGUAUUUGAGUAGAGGAAUAUUAACACAGAGACAUUCUGUGCAGUUUUUAAAAUGUAACAUGUCUCGGCAAAUGUCCAUUGAUCUUUGCUAAUGACUUCAGUUUCAACAAUGAGUCUCACACCCAGCUUACCACACUUUUAACAAGCUGCAAGAUACUUUGACUGGCACAGAUAGGCUUUAAUUUUCCUUAUACAGGUUCUAUUUUAUUAGAUAAAUCUACAGAUUUGUCAGGCAGUGUAAACUGAUGCACCUUCAUUUUCUUCCCUGGGACGCUGCAGGUUUGCACAGACUAAACCUGGUUUGGUUUCCUUUCCUAAAGCUAAGGCACGUCAGCUUCUCUAGACCAUCUUUACAAACCAUCUCAUCAUGACUCACUUAACAGCAUGCCAUUUAUGACACCCUUUAAUUUGAUGUGCAUUACCAUGUAGUGCAACUUUAUCCGUUGAUGAUUUUACCUGAAAUGUCAUUAAAUUGAGCUGAAACUGGCUUUUCUUUUUCAGCAGCUGUUUGUGAAGUAAUUAUCAAGGGGUUGGCUCAUGGUAAAGUUUUGGACUGAGCCACCAUGAUUUUUUUUUUUUUUUAAUCUUUAUUGACCUAGAAAGUAGAAUAUUUGCCGUUAAGCAGUUCCUUGUAGAUUUUGAGCAUGAAAUAGUAUUGAUUCUAAGUAUGUAAUUUUAUUAGGCAAACAUGGAAGUAGCAAGUUGAUUGCCUCUUAAAUAUAAAAAAAAAAUUCUGUUGCACAUUCGCCAGUCUGACGGAAGUAGAAGAGAAUGAAACCAGCACCAAGCAGUUGCUCAAAGCAUGAUCACUCGUGUAACCUGCUGGUCUAGGGGACUGGUAAGAGGAGCCUUUCAGCUCGGAGGCAGCAGCUUGAUCCUGGCUCCAAGUCACACCAGGCGUCGGAUCACUUGGAGCACCCUGGUGGGGCCCAGCCUGUGUCCCCACAGAGGGGCUCAGCCCUUGCCUCGGGGAUCGAAGCCCCUGGCACAGCAGUACCGAGCCGCCGGCAGCCUGCCCAGCACCCCUGGGCACCCUGCCGCAACACGCUCGCGUCAGGGUGUGGGGAGCCCCAGCAUCGCGCUGCUGGAGGACCCAGGACCUCGCCGGGUGGUCGGGUUGGUUCUGAACCCCCCUGUGCAAACCAAGAGUUUAGCAGCAAGACAGCCGAGCUGAGCCCAGAGAUCCCCCAGGCUUCCAGAGCAGCAGAUUUUCGUGUUGCAGGAUAAUGCCUAAGUAGUUACAUGAAUGCUGCAUGUGUGCAUGGGGGCAAUGACUGAUCAGCAAUAGUAAUUUUAUUUUCCAGGAAAGCCUUAUUUGAGAUGUAAGUAGGCAAUUAUUUUGUAGGGCCAGUAGGAAUAUAUUUUAUGUACAUGAAUAGAAAGACUUACCUCAAAAAUAUCAAGAGAAAGGCAGUUUGAUAUGGAAUAGUCUUGUUAGAGACCUACCUUGACACCUAGCACAAGCAGUCCCAGCUGCCGGCCUGACCAAUGUUUGUGUGUCACUGUAAAGUUUGUGAUGAGACUCCAGAGAGCAGAGAUGUGCUCAGUUUGUUUUUUUUUUUUUUCAAAGCCGGAUUUUCAAACCAAAUGCAAUGAUGUGCAUAGAGCUUAACAGGAAAAAAAACAAAACAAAACCAACAAAAAAAAGUACCUUCUUGUAUAUUAGCAUUAGCUUAAGAAAUAGGCAUCAAAAUGGCAAUACUUUUUUAAGGCAAGACAGAUUUGUAAUAUAUUUGUUCACUGUGCAAAGGUAUCCUACCUUGUACAAAAUAAAUUUAAUUUCUCUCAA